ACGGCCCCAAACAUUACGACUUAUACGGAGAGCUGCGCAGCAUUUGUGUUUAUAUGAGCUUCAGUAAUAGUAUAGAUUAUUAUUGAUAUUUAUUACAUUUACUGGGCUGGUUUCUGGUACUGAAGAGUGAGUGAGAUGGCUGGAGAGGAGCAGCAGGUUUCAAAGCUGGAGCUGGAAGCGGUUAUUGGGUUUAAUGGUCACGUGUUAUCAGGUCUUCAGUCCCAUCCAGACAGAGAGCAUGUGAUCUACCCGCUGGGCUGCACACUGAUUAUCAAAAACCUGAACAGUGGAAAGCAGAGCUUCCUUCAUGGGCACACCAACAAUGUCUCCUGCCUGACUGUGUCCAAGAGUGGACGAUACAUUGCAUCUGGACAGGUCACUUUUAUGGGCUUUAAGGCUGAUGUGAUAGUCUGGGAUUAUUCCAAAAGGGAAAUCUACGCCCAGCUCAUACUCCAUAAAGUCAAAGUGGAGGCACUGGCCUUCUCCCCAAAUGAGAAGUUCCUGGUGACUCUGGGCGGACAGGAUGAUGGCAGUAUUGUAGUGUGGGAUGUGGAGAAGAAGGAAGCUAUCUGUGGAAGCCCUGCAUCAACUGACAUGGCAGGACACUGCCUGACUGUGGCUUUCUCUAGCCACAGUGACAACAUCUUCAUAUCGGCUGGAAAUAAUACUCUCAGAGUGUGGGAGCUGGACCAUACCAACAGGAAAAUUCACCCCACUCAGUGCCAGACUGGAAAACUAAAGCGCAUCAUUAAGUGCAUUGAGAUCCCAGAGGAUGAUAGUUUCUUUUACUGUGGCACAACCAGUGGAGAUAUACUGAAAGUGAAUCUGAAGAGCCGGCUAAUGAACAGCUGUGGGCCGGUCAAGCAAAAAUUCAGUAAGGGCGUGAACACUCUAAAGAUGCUGAGGACGGGGGAUUUGUUAGUGGGUUCGGGAGACGGAGCAUUCAGCCUUUGCUCUUCAACCAACUUUAAAAUCAUUAAGCGUGUGGAGCUGGAGGGAGCUGUAACGUCCGUGGCUCUGCGAGGUGAAGGUCAGCAGAUGUUUGUGGGCACCAACGCCGCUCAGAUCUACCGCUUCGGAUACACUGAUUUCAAACCUGAGCUCAUCUCCACCAGCCACAGCAGUGCAGUUAGUGAUACGGCCUUUCCUUACGGCUGUUCCGAGCUGUUUGCCACCUGUUCUCAGGAUGAUAUCCGGGUCUGGCGCACUGACUCCUGUAAGGAGGUCCUGCGGAUUAAAGUGCCCAACAUGACCUGCAAUGCUCUGGGCAUCACGCGGGACGGCCACAGCAUCUACAGCGCGUGGAAUGACGGGAAAAUCCGAAUGUUUACCCCUGAGAGCGGCCGCCUGAAGCUGAUCAUUCACAACGCCCACAGCCUGGGAGUGACUGCUAUAGCCAGUGGCAAGGACAGCAAUAGGCUCAUCAGCGGAGGAGGAGAGGGGCAGGUGCGUGUAUGGGAGAUCAUGCAGGACUCCUACAGGCUGGUGGCCAGCAUGAAGGAACACAAAGCUUCAGUGAACGCCAUCAAGAUCAAAAGUAAUGGUCAGGAGUGUGUGACGGCCAGUUCAGAUGGAGCAUGCAUCAUCUGGGACCUUGUCCGGUUUGUUAGGAACCAGAUGGUUCUAGCUAACACACAAUUCCAGACAGUCUGCUACCAUCCUGAAGAAUACCAGAUCAUCACGAGUGGCACAGACAGGAAGAUUGGUUACUGGGAGGUGUUUGAUGGUUCAGCUAUCAGAGAGCUGUAUGGUUCUCUGACUGGAGCCAUCAACAGCAUGGACAUCAGCCAGGAGGGGGAGCACUUUGUCACCGGUGGAGAUGAGAAGCUGAUUAAGGUGUGGCAUUAUACUGAUGGUGAUGUCACUCACGUGGGCGUUGGCCAUAGCAGCAGCAUCAGCAGCAUUCGGAUCUGUCCCAAUAGCAAAGUGAUCAUCAGCACCAGCACAGACGGAGCCAUACUGCGCUGGAGAUACCCUCACUCCACAUAACACUCUUCUCAUAACUCACUCCUCAUACUACAUUUCUCAAACACGCUUAUCAUAACACACAUCUCAUAACACACUUCACAACCGAUGGACUAAAUAUAUUUAUAUUUUGUGAGAAUGACCAUGUUUAUAUAAUACACAACAUUUACAAAUGUGCUAUCAUCUUUCAUCACUCUCUGCUUUUCUUCUCUUAUCAGUAACUAAUAAAGUGUAUAAAUCAGA